AUGGCUUCAGCAUCAUCGAGUACCGAUAAAUCAUUUAAUUCGAUUCCGGAAGUUGACGAUAUAAAUAUGUUUCAAGCCGCACGACGAAAUGGUCGAAGAAAUGCUUUAGCAGAUUUAGGAGAACAACUUUCUCAAGCGAAUACUUCAAUACAAUCGCCUGAAGUUGAUCAACUGUCACCACAUUUUCAGUCAAUGUCAAUCAAACAUUAA